GUAACACUAUAAGAUGUCUUAGAAAACUUGGAAAGAAAUUAAUUAACAUAAAGAUUGUGAACGCUUUGUAUAAAAUAAUCAAUUAUAAUGGAUGCAACAACUUGAUUGUUAAUCCAAGGAUUCUAUAUUCGUCUGACGUCAUGAACUGUAGAAACGGGAAUAUCCGUACAAAUGAAAGAGUGUAUCUCACUAUCUUAAAACAGAUAAGCUGUACACUCAGAUAUCUCUUAUCAAAGGUGUGAUUCAGUACGCGUUAGUUAGGUAGACAUUUUAUAGUUAACUACGACAGCGAUUCAACCUGUUCUUUCCUUUUUCAUCUGUUGAUCUUUUUCGGGAAAGAGAAAUGUGUUCGAAAAAGUUUGUUUGCUAUUUAACUAUAGCUUUGCUUCUAAUGGGAAUAUUCCUGGAGGAGGUCGAGGCAAGGCGUAAAAUUUUGAGGGGCCGAAAAACAAUAACGAGACGUUACUAUAAGGGUACGGCAAUUCCGGCAUGGGCAAUAGUGCUCUUAACGGGUAUCGGCAUGCUACUACUCGGCGGCGGGCUUUAUGCGUUACUGCAGAAAUUUGUGGUCGACUCCGCGGACACCGGGGAGAGUCAUCAUUCCUAUCAACCUGCGUUGCAGCUCGAAAGUUGAGUUAGUUUUCCUACUAAAAAUAUCCUUUCCCCUAAAAUUAUUUUCACAUCAUUAUACUGAAUAUCAUAAAUUAUGUACGUAGAAUUUUGAAGAAAACUUUUACACUAUGAAACAUUUGUAUUUUUCUUUUAUUAAUCUCUUACUCCAUCUGCUUUUAUCCUGUUUUUACGGGAUCAUCUGUUUAGUCUUUUAUUUUCUAACAGGUAAUAUCAAAUUAUCGGUUUUUAUUAUUGUUCAUCUUAUAUUAACGAUCAAAUGUAUGUUAUUAUUACAUAUGUUCACAUCGUGUUUUUAAAGCGCGAAGAAAACACGUUUUUGUCGGUGUUGCGAUAUACUUACAAUUCUAAUUAUUUGUCGCUAAA